UUAUGAAUUCACAGGAAGCAGAAUUUUAUUUUACGCCGAAGUUUGCACGACAAACUUCAAUAAAUAAAAAAAAGGUUCACUUUAAUCUUCGUGACGUGCUUAAGGAGAUAACAAAACCUUUUGAAAAUAAAAAUAAUAAAGAAACUAAAAAGGAAGAAAUAAAAACUAUAAAAAGAAGUGAAUCCCAUCGAUUUUGCAAAUCUCCUGCAGAUAUCGAACUUUUGCCGGCAAAAAAUCCGCUCACUUACAGUAAAUCCGUCACAACUUCCCGAGCGGCGUUGUCUUUUUCGAGUUUUGCAACCUCAGCAAAGUUUACUAGAAUAACGCAUCCGCAGACUUAUAAGUCAAGCAUAAACCAUAAAAAUGUUAUAGUUAGACGUCCGUCUCACCAGAAGCAUCAAACUGCAGUGGCAAGAAGGCUCAAUAGUUUUCCUGCUUACGAUGUUGAAGAUCUUGAAAGUGAGCAAUAAACCACUUAGACCAACUUCUGAAGAUGCUGAAAUGCUUUCUAGUGAUAGUGGUAAGAGCGUCUUACUAAAGGCCUCCAUAACAGAUUGCAACGGAUGUGAAAGAAACUAUUCUGUUGGGGAUGACGACAUUAUUAGUUACGAGACGGAAGAAAAACCGGAACCUUCACUACUUGAGUUAAAGAAUAGUAUAAAUGAAAUCUCUAAAAAAUUUACAACUGCGCAAGAUGUAAACAUCCAAUCAUUAGCUUUAAAACCUCUACCAAUCACAUCAACGCGUUCUGAUAAACAGGAAACUCGUUUAAAGAAAAAAAAAUCAGAAAAACUUUUGAACUUUUUAAAAAUGAAAACCUGAAAUUGUUUGCUAUAAGAAAAAAUUUGAAGAGCGUUUGUCAAAAAAAAAAACAGCAG